UAUUGUAGUUACGUACAGUUUGAUUACAGCAGAAGUGAGUGCGUGUUUAAACUGUGUGCAUGCGUCUCUUCUCUUCUUUCUGUCUUGUGUGCAUGCAUCUCUUCUCUCUGUGCUGUGUGCAUGCGUCUCUUCUCUUCUUUCUGUCUUGUGUGCAUGCAUCUCUUCUCUCUGUGCUGUGUGCAUGCGUCUCUUCUCUUCUUUCUGUCUUGUGUGCAUGCGUCUCUUCUCCCUGUGCUGUGUGCAUGUGUCUCUGUACAGACGCAGCAGCAUCAUGAGUGUGUGCGGAGCUGCUCGGUGCCGGUGGAUCCAGAGCCGCGGAGCCGUGAGGAGGAUCCUCCAGCAGAACCGAACCGUCUGCAGCCACAGGAGCGGAUCUGCUGAGGGUAUCAGGGAGAAGCUGCAGGUGUUCCCAGGAGGAUCCAUAGAGCUCCAGAAGCAGCAGGAGUCUGGCAUCGCGGUGCUCACCGUCAACAACCCAGCGCGCAUGAACGCCUUCUCUGGCAGCAUGAUGCUUGAACUGGAGCAGCGGGUGUGUGACCUGGAGACCUGGACGGAAGGGAAAGCUGUGAUUGUGCAGGGAGCUGCUGGAACCUUCUGCUCUGGAUCGGAUCUCAAUGCAGUCAGAGCCAUAGCAAACCCACACGAUGGCAUGAAGAUGUGCGAGUUCAUGCAGAACACUCUCACAAGACUCCUCAGGCUGCCGCUCAUCUCAGCAGCUCUGGUGGAGGGAAGAGCGCUGGGUGGAGGAGCAGAGCUCACCACUGCCUGCGACUUCAGGUUGAUGACGUCUGAUGCUGUUAUCCAGUUUGUCCAUAAGCACAUGGGUUUGGUACCUGGAUGGGGAGGAGCUGCAAGGCUAGUUCGUAUUGUUGGCAGCCAGAAUGCCCUGAAACUACUGAGCGGUGCUAAAAAAGUCGAUCCAGACUUUGGAAAACAGAUGGGACUGGUUGAUGAGGUGCUCCACUGCUCUUCUGGUGAGGGAAAUGCACUGUCUCACGCCGAGCGGUGGCUGGGUCAGUUCAUUAAGGGCCCGGCUCCAGUGAUCCAGGCCGUGAAGAAGGUUGUCGUCUCAGGAAGAGAGCUUCCCCUGGACGAAGCCCUUCGAACUGAGAGAAGUGUGUUUGGGACAGUAUGGGGCGGCCCGGCCAAUCUCGAGGCUCUGGCUUUAAAACCGAAGCAUAAGUGACUGAAAUCAUCAUUGCAUGACAUUAAAACUGUUGAAGAACUUUACAUUUUCAGAUGAAUAGAAAUAACUGAAAAGUUCCUGGAUUGUUUUGCGAAGUUCGUGUCAACUUGCACAUGCACGUAUUACUAAUUAAUAUAAUCUUUCUGAAUGUUGUAUCUUUCAGAGUUUUGUCAUUGCAAGAAUUUCUGCACAUUCAUGCAGUCCUUUAUUAAUGGCAUUCAUUGCCAUAGUGUACAGUUUUGUCUUAUUUCUGCAUAAAGCAUUAACCUGAGGAUAAAAUAAAGCAAUAUUGGCUAAUUAAAACCCAUGCCUCAUCCUAUUGGGUGAUCAGAAACUUGGGCCAGUCACCGUGGUAAUAAGGUAUUGUAAAGUAUUGUACCUACAUAUCAAUUUCUUUACAAACUAAA